AGUAUGAAAGAAUUCGAUUUAUUUCCACACUUCCAUUUUUGACCUCUCGAGUUACAGAAAAGGAGUUCCUCUAGUACAUUUCACUACAGAAUGUUGUUGCGUGGAGUCGGAAGAAAAUAGUCGUAGUGACGCGUGUUUGUGGUGGCAGUUCCAGCCGCGCGGCUCCGGGGUUGCUUUUAUUCCAGCUGAAUCAACACAGUGGGGGCAGGUAGGCAGGAACCUCUCUCAGGAGCCGUUUCGGUUGUGAGCUGCAGAUAAGGCACCAGGUAGGAGGACAAGUUCCCCUUCACAUCGGCGGGCAGAAUGAGCCAGCAAACAUUGCCUUCCCAGGAGAUGCCGUCCUCCAACGGCAACACCGCCGGCGCAACGCUGGGUAUGUCCGGUCCAGACACACUCCAGCCACUCUCGGGCGACACCUUGAAGAGCUCCUCUUCUACAGCCGCAAACCCGCAACUGACGAGGUCCAACAGCGGCAGCGCUUUGUCCAAAUUGCAGUCCGAUGUGGACUACCAUUUGUGGAUCGGGGAUAGCAUCAAGUUGAUCGAGGCGUUUGAUCCGAAGAAGACCACAGUCGACGCGCACUUUGACGACAAAUUGGGAAAAAAUACACGGAUGUCGGCGGCACGGAAGAAGUUCACGCAGCAAAUUUUUUGUACAUAUUCGGUUAGUUUGCAGAGUGUCUUUUUGGUGUUGUAUCUUUUUCAAACGUACCAUCUGUCCUUAUUUGGCAUGCCUUCCGCUGCACUUGCAUUUGUUCUUAAUCUUCAACUUCAUGUUUACACGACCACAGAUUGCUGCAUCCGCUAUCAGAAGUUUUUGAAGCUCUUCGUGAACGCGUUUCUGUACAAGAACCCUGCGUCUGCGCCACGUAGCGACCAAACGCUGUAUAUGAUCCUCGGCUGCCUUUUUUUCUUUCGCUACGACGAACUGGGGCCCCACGAGCUUGGGAAAAUCAUUCUGAAGUCGGAGCUCUCCACGCCGCCAGCUUUGAAUGCGCUGAUGGUACAGAAAUGGUCCGUCGUCGUGGGUGGAACUGUUGGAAAAAAUAUGCAGGAUAGAUUGCUUGGCUUCAUCAUGAUCACGAACAAUUUCAACAUAUACAUAGCAAUGAGUGAACCUGCACCAGCAAUGCAAAACUAACUUAAUUCAGGACUUCAUAUUCACCGAGGAGGAUCUGAACAAUUGGGUGAAAGUGGAGUGGUGCAAAGUAUACGACAUGAAGUACCUCGAGGACGAGAUCAUUGGAAAGAUGCAGCGGGUGAAACCGCAGUUGCAGCUGUACCUGGACCAGCUGAAAAUAAUCGCCUUAGGCGCUGGUGCCGCCGCCGCCGCGACCAGCAGCGGCGGCAACGAGCAAGCGGGAGGUAGCAGUUCCAGCACCGCCAUGAUCGCAGGCUCCGGCGGUAAGACGACCAAAAUCCAGCCGUUCAACCUUACCAAGCCCAAACCACGCUUGGUCCCGCAGCCCGAAGUGAUCAGUCGCGUGCUGGAAAGCAAGCCACCACCGAAAACGAUUUACGCAACCAACUUGGAAAAGGUCCAGGCGGAGAAGGACGAGCGGUCCGUGAAGGUGAAGGAGGAAACCUUUGCAAAAUACAAUGCGGAGAAAGACGAAUUCGUCUUUGAGACGGCGAAACGGCCAGCCGCAGAUGACGAUUCAAAAGCGAGAUACGUCAGAGACGUCGAGGACGUGAAGUAUUUUCGACUUAUAUAUUUCCGAUAGUUUGUUUACCUUGGUUUGUAGUGGUACUUGCAGUACCUGCACCACCUAGUUAGUACAGGCAUGAUCUUCAGCAGCACUGGUGCGUGCCUCAAGUCAGCAAUUGCUAGUCUUCGAAAAUUUCGUUCCCUAGGUACCAGGAAUGCACUUUCCAGCCGGAGAUCGGAAAACCGCUGAAGGACGGACAUUUCAAGCUGGAGCAAAUCGCCGAGGUGAAGCCCAACGCCUCUUCUAUCCUGCGUGAGGACGUACUGGUGAAGAAGAAACAAGAAAACGAGUACAAUAUUCUCAUGGACUACGAGCGCGGGCUACGGGACAGCAGUGGCUACUACUUGUGGCAAUACAACCAGCGCGUACAGGAUGACAUCGAAGAGAAGUGCAGGGUGGAACAAAGUACAGUUCCUGAUAGAUUUUUCGAACGUAAGUUUAACAGUUGUGCAACUGGUAUACUCUUCUGGUAUUGCAAUCUUCGUUUCUCUUUUCCACUGGCUCCGUUUUUUAUUGAGGACGCAUCACCAACGUAAAUUGCUAUGUAUUGCAUACUCACAAUCACAUCAGGAAAAAUCGAGAUGCAGAUGGCAGCGGAAGCCGCGAAGGAAGCAAUGGAGCUCCAAUUCCAGAAAAACGUUUUGAAUGCGGAACAAGUCAAAUUGCAGAAGGCCGUACAGGAGAAACGCAAGACACGCGAAGCGGUAAAGUAGAGUACAGCACCGGAUUAAGAUUACUGAACUGUGAAUGCUUUGCAUAGGCCCCGGCACUGACACGCGUCGCUUGGUUGCUGGGCACCCAAUGGAAAAGCUUUAAUUUUGAGAAAAUAUUGAAAUUCCGCAUUUCUUCUCCCAACCAUAUGACAGAUUGCAGAAGAGGAGAAGAAGCGAGGGUUGUGCCGUGAGGUGUACGACAUGCGCGGUCGUCCUCGGGUCCAGCUAGAUUUAGUCGACGAGGCACGGAAAGAAAAUGCAGAGGAAAUUCGCAAGGCGAAAGCGAAGAUGUUCGAAAUAAAGAAAGCGGACAUGGAACAGGAAAUGGAGGAGUAUUGAUAUUUUUUUGUGACCACAGAGAAAACUGAAAAUCUAAUCAUGCUCAUUCAUGCCUGACAUGGCAGCAGCACUAGCACGGGCCGGUGCUUUCUGUUUUUAUGAAAAUAUAUUUCACCGCCUUUUUCUUUCCACAGGCGCAAAGACCUGAUCCGGCAAAUACGCGCGAUUGUCCGUGUCUCCACCGUCACAGCAGAACCCUACGAUCCCAGUGAGCCCCCGCGGCACGGCAUUCUCGACGAGAUGUCGCUAGCUGAACUGCACGAGCGAUAUCGCAUCGAAAAGGCCGUGCAGGAACGAAAGCGCUUGGAGAAACGAUUUUUCAUUCUGGAUGAGAAGGUACGUAAUUGCGCCGUUCUUGCGAACGCUGGUCGGUGGAUGUCGUGUGGUUUUCGUUCACUUUUGAUCAGUUUCAGGAGACAAAAGACCGAUGAUUUGUGUGAAAAGACAGACGACUUGGACUUUGUGCGAAAACGGCAGUAACUUUUUUACAAACCAGGCUGACAAGAAGAAAAAUCUUGAAGCCAAAGCGAAAAACCUCGACAACAUCCGCGCGAUCGCGCGGAAGGAGGCCGCGGAGCGACACGCGAAGCUGAAAAAAGAAAAAAUGGAGCAGGAAGAAGUCCAGCGAAAGAUCAGUGAGGAGUGCUCCAAGGAGGCCGCGCGCCGGGAGGCGAAGAAGCAGGAGGCGAAGCGGAAGGAAAGGAAUCGUGUGGCGAAAGAGCUCAAGGAGUUGAAUGUCAGGCGUCAGUACUUGGCGCACACGGCAAGCGAGCAGGCCGAGGCGAAAGCUGCUCUGGAGCAGUCCAGUGGAAAGGUCAAACUCACGCUGCUGGAAAAGAACCUCCUGGAAGAGUACGUCAUGUCUGCUUGGUUGGAGAAAGAUUUUGCAGAAAAAAUACAUUCGUAAGUGUGCCUGUAGUCUUCCCUAUCGGUCUGUUGCUGUUCUUUCAUUUGCAUGGCGCAGAGGCAUGCAUAGCAUCCCUCCCAUCCAAUCUCAACAGGCAAAAGGCAAACCGGCGGGUGCGCAAGGAGGAGAAGAAAAUCAUCAAGGCCGAUCGCAAAAACGAGGCACAAGAGUGGCAGGAAAUGCUGGAUGGCGUGAACGUGCGGCUCGAGGCCUCACGCAAGGACGACGCGCUCCUUCGGGAAGAGUACCGGCUAGAACGGCGGGACGCACACGCGUACCAGCGCAAGGUCGAGGCGAAACUCAAGACCAUCCAACGGAAGCAGCUUCCAUACGCGACGCGCAUAACCGACGAGAGCAUCGAGCGUGGGAGAGCGUACCGCGAGACGCACCCGGUUCCCGAGCCACUGCCGCCGUAACGCGGUUGGUGGUUGGCCGGUUGCUUCGCAAUUUCCUCCUCUUGUGUUGCUGCGUUCAGAGCAGCACCGAGAGCAACCGGUGGGACGCCGGGGGUCAACAGAAGGUUGGUUACUGUAAAGGUCAAACUAAAAGGAUAAACAUUCAUAAAGAAGAAAUGUUCAAAUCCGACGAUGAGGAUCGAUCCCCAUCUUUCUAAAGAUGAGCGAAUAGGUUACUUCAACAACACUAGAGCUAUUGACGCAAACUUUUUCCAUUUUUCCAAAGAUUCAACGACACUGAGGUCCUAGCUUGGACCCAGAAUCAAACCCUGCGCCGGUGUAGCUUUUUUGCGGUGUCCAGGAGGGAACGGAAAAGCAAAUUAAUAUAUUGAACUUCUCUCCAUCCGGUACGAAUAGAAUUGAAGUGCUGAAAAAGCAACGUGGUAGACAAACGGCACUACUUAACCAUCCAUGUGUAACUACUCAUCCAAUUGUGAAU